AUGAAGUCAAUCACUGUGGUUGCCUUUCUUGUGGUCGCUCUGUUUUCGUUCGGCAAUUCCCGGCACCUUGAGUCGAAGGUAGCCGAUAAGGACUUCUUGGUGAAACAGAAAUUUUUCCUCGAUAUCCUUCAGCAUAUAUAUCAGGAUGAUGUGUUUGUGACAAAGUUUGACGAAACAUACAAAAACUACAAGCCAUGGGAUCAUCUGGACGAUUAUAAACAUUCUGAUGAGCUGAAGAGUUUCUUUGAACUGUGGCAACACCAGCCUGUGCACGACGACGUAGUGUUCUCUCCUGUCGACCAGCGCUAUGUAGAUUAUGCCCGAGGUUUGGCAAAGGUUUUCUAUUUUGCCAAGGACUGGCAGGCAUUCACCCACGCCGUCUACUGGGCCCGCACCCAUGUCAACAAGCAACUCUUCGUGUAUUCAUUGACAGUUGCUAGUCUAUAUCGUGAUGAUCUGCAUGGCAUUACUUUACCAGCCAUAUAUGAAAUCUUGCCCUGGCACUUCUUCGACGUGGAAACAUUGGAGACGGCAGAACGUUACAAGUUGCACGGCUUCCACAAUGUGAACAAACUUGACAACGUCUACAAUGUCGUGAUCAAGACUAACUACAGCAAUGUCUACGGCGGUGUCAACUACGCCCACUCCUUGGCCUACUUCACGGAAGAUAUUGGCUUGAAUGCAUUCUAUUACUAUUACAACAUCGACUACCCGUAUUGGAUGCGUGGAGUUCCUGGCAAGGAACUUGCCAAGGACAAACGCGGCGAGCUCUACUUGUAUCUUCACCAACAAUUGUUGGCCCGCUAUUAUUUGGAACGCUUGUCCAAUGACCUGGGUGAAAUUCCUCCAUUCAAUAUUUAUGAAGAGUACGAACACGGCUACCCCAGCAAUUUGCGCUAUUAUAACGGUGUUGCUUUCCCCAACCGUGACAACAACUACAACUUCUACCAUCCGGAAAAUUAUGACAUUGUAAGGGAUAUUCACUUCUAUACCAGCCGCAUUGCCGAAUAUAUUGACACCACCCAAGACGAUUAUCGCACUGCUGUAGAGAAAUUAGGCAACAUUUUGCAAGGUAACGCCGAUUCUGUCAAUUACAAAAAAUACGGCAGUCUGGACCUACUGUACCGCGAAUUAGUUAACGAGGGCCGUCCAUACGGCAGAUAUGGCGAUAACUUGCCUGUCAUCCUAAAGCAAUAUGAAACCUCAAUACGCGACCCAAUCUUCUAUUCGAUCUACAAGGAUAUUGUCGGCUACUACUGGCGCUUAGCAGGCACAUAUCCCGAAUAUAAAUACGAUGACUUCGUUUUUCCCGGAGUUUCGAUCACCGAUGUUCAUGUGCCCGAGAGUCUGUACACCUACUUCGAUUACUUCGAUGCUGACAUCAGCAACGCUGUGAAUGUGGAAGGCGUUUCAGGUGACGUUUCAUCCGAUUAUCUGUACAAAUUUGGUCGCAACUCUGUCUACAAUGGUCAAAGUUAUGUCAUCAAAGCUCGUCAAUUGCGACUGAAUCAUAAGCCCUUCGAAUUCACUUUGGACGUUACAUCCGACAAAGCUCAAAAGGCUGUCGUAAAGAUAUUCAUUGGUCCGAAAUAUGACGAAAAUGGCCGUGUACUGCACUUGGAGAACAACUACAAGAACUUCUUUGAAUUGGAUCACUAUGUGGUGGAUUUAGUAGCUGGUGUUAAUGAACUAAAACGCAAGUCCGAAGAUUUUGGUUAUUGGGUUGAAGAUCGCACCACAUACGUCGAACUAUACCGAAAGGUGUUGAGUGCCACUACAUCCGAUUACAAAUUCCACCUCAAUCAAAACGAAGCCCAUUCUGGUGUGCCACAACGCAUUAUGUUGCCCAAGGGCAAAAAGGGUGGGCUUGCCUUCCAAUUCUUCUUCAUGGUCUUCCCCUAUCAUGCACCCGAGGUUGAACAGUACUCCGGCUAUGAUCCGGUUGUCAGCAGUGGUGUUGGUUCUGGAAGCCGUUAUGUGGACUCGUUGCCAUUUGGAUUCCCAUUCAAUCGUCCCGUUGUUCACGAUUAUCACUUUGAUGUUCCCAACUUUAAAUUCCACGACGUUAAGAUCUACCACAAAGAAGAUCCCGUCAAUGUUGUGUAGGACUGAUUAAUGCCAAG